UAGGGGAAACUGCCGUCUUGCCGAACGUCCACAGUGUCCGGCCAGUGUGCCAAGAAAUGUCAGUCUCAGUGGCUUCGAUUUCACUGCACAAAGUUUACCCGGGGUUCGGCACGGUGUCAUUCGCUGAUACGGUGGUGUACUAUUAGCGACGCUUCGCCUAUGUUUUGCUCUCCCCGCGGGCCGCUUAAUGGUGCAGUCCGGGUUACAGGAAGUUGUAGCGGCUGCCAUGUUGGGCUGCUUUGUUGUCGGCGCUGCUCGAGUUCCUGUGGGUCCCUGAUCUGAGUGGCGGUCGCGAUGGAGCCGAGCUGGAGCACGUUCUUAUUCCAGACAAAUGAAGCAUUACAUCACCAGCACCAGGUGGCACAGAAUAGUCUGCUUCCUCUACUGAAUUCUUCUUCAGAUCAGACAGACCAGAAGCCUGUUCUUCCUAUUCCCUUGGAGCAGAAACCAGUUGCGCCUGAACUGAUGAAAGACAAUGCCCCACCUGUGGGCACUAUCAAAAAGGAGCAGAAAACCAAAACAACCUUUGUCUGUGGGUACUGCAGCAAGGCUUUCAGGGACAGCUACCAUUUGCGGCGGCAUGAAUCCUGCCACACAGGAGUCAAGAUGGUGUCACGACCAAAGAAGACCGCCCAGACAGCCCCCACUAUGGUGCCACUACUUUCUACAGUCUCACGAGAGAACAGCAGCACACCUUCCUAUGUCUCCACGAUAGCAGGCAUUCUGACUACUGCCACAACCUCAGUUUCUACAGGUGCCAGCAUUAUGUCAGCCAGUGUUCUCCCCAACACACAGCCGCCUGCCCCCAAAAAACCACCAAAGCCAGUGAAGAAAAACCAUGGAUGUGAAAUGUGUGGUAAGGCAUUUCGUGAUGUCUACCAUCUAAACCGACACAAGCUGUCGCACUCUGAUGAAAAGCCAUUUGAGUGCCCUAUCUGCCAACAGCGCUUUAAGCGAAAAGACCGGAUGACCUAUCACGUGAGGUCCCAUGAAGGUGGAAUAAACAAGCCCUACAUUUGCUCAGUCUGUGGAAAAGGUUUUUCACGACCGGACCAUUUAAGCUGUCAUGUGAAGCAUGUUCAUUCUACAGAAAGACCCUUCAAAUGCCAAGUAACGGCUUGCACUGCUGCUUUUGCUACCAAAGACAGGCUUCGUUCACACAUGAUCCGGCACGAAGGAAAGGUCACGUGCACUAUCUGUGGGAAGAUGCUCAGUGCAGCCUACAUCACCAGCCAUUUGAAAACGCACGGUCAGAGCAACUUCACAGCUCCAUGUAACAAAGGCUUAGGUGACUGGAUAUGGAACUCAGUGGGUGAAAGCAAAGACACUAGUGAGGUGUGUAACUCUGCAUCAGCCACUCCUGUAACAGCUUCAGCACCGGUCACCACUACUAUGAAUCGUGGCAACAUCAGCAGUCCUGUUACCAUCGCAGCACAGAUGAAUAUUACAACCAAUACAGUGAACAUAACUUCUCCAGUCAACAUCCCACAUCCGGUGACAAUAACUGCACCUGUCAAUAUCACCUCUGUCAAUAUUCCAGCAACAGCACCCAUGAAUAUUGCACACCCUGUGGCCAUAACUACACCAAUGCCAAUCUCCACUGCUAUGAAUAUCACAGGCCCUUUAAAUAUUGCAAUGAGGCCAAUGGAGAGCAUGCCUUUCCUGUCCCAGGUGCUGCCAUCUUCACCGCCUUGGUAAAGCUCUUCUGGCACGAGAAUGGAGAAGGCAUGGUGAGAAUCUCUCCCUCUGCUUGGCUGUAGUAUGGCUACGGGGAAUAAAAGAGGAGGAGAUGGUCGGAUGUAGUAUUAGAGCUUUCCGAAGCAUCACACAUCCAAAAUGCAGAGUUGUUAUUUCCCGAAUAAACUGUAUGUUACAAAACAUAUUCGUAAGGAUGCAUUGCUUCCAAGAUGAACUUGUGCAUCUUGCUCGUCUGUGUUGCAGACUUUGCAAAAUGGAGUGUGGUGAGUGAAAUAAAAAGUAAAUGCACAGGGAAGUGCAAAGGACUUUAUGACACAGUGCAUCAGUCUGUUUUUUAGCCUGCAAAUCAGUAUUUAAUAUUGUUUUAAAAGUUUUUUUUUUAUGACAAAGGGAUUGGAAAGGAAAAAAAGACUUUUGGUGGGAGGGCAAAGAUUUAUUUUAUCUGAAAUGUAUAAGUCAAAGCAGGGAUGUGCUGCUCUUUUUAUUUUUAUGAGGUACGGAAGCAGUAUCAUACUUUUAGAUUGGAUAAGUUUGUUUGAAACCUGCCAAUCAUGUCACCACAAGUACAACAACUUUUUUGUGUAUUUCUUAAACAGUAGGUUUUUUUUUUUUU